AAGCAGCCACUGACAAGUGGCGCUUCAAGGACUCACGAUAAUUUUGUUUUCGGUCUACCGUAAACAACGUUUACAAUAUUUCACAACGUUUCAUCGGUAAGUGCAACUAAACGUAGAUAAGUAAUUUAUUUAAAGGUUUAUAAAUAAAUAUCAAACUUCAAGUAUCUGAUUUAAUACAAUGUUUUGGUUUGUGUUUCUUGUGGGAGCAGCAUUGCUGGCUUAUUAUUAUAUUAUAAAACCUCAACAAUUUUGGAAACAACGAAAUGUUCCACAAGGUUUUACCUAUCCGAUACUUGGUGACAACUUUAAAUUAUUGUUUGGAUUGGAAAAUUCCACUGAAAUGACUCAAAACGCCUACAAUCGCUUUAAAAGCAGUCGCUACGUUGGAAUACAUCAAGGAAACCGACCGGCGUUGAUGUUGCGUGAUCCUGAAUUAAUUAAACAAGUUACCGUUAAAGAUUUCGAUCAUUUUGUCAAUCAUAGAUCUAUUAUUUCGGAGAAGCAGGAACCGUUGUGGAAUCGUAAUUUGCUUUCGUUGCAAGGCGAUGAAUGGAAAAAAAUGCGUGCAACCUUGAGCCCGGCCUUUACCUCUUCCAAAAUGCGUGCUAUGUUUUCGCUUAUGGAACAGAAUGCACGACAAUUUGUUAAUUUUUAUUUAGAGCAGAAAAAAGAUAUUAUUGAAUUGGAGAUGAAAGAUGCGUUUACACGUUAUGCUAAUGAUGUUAUUGGGAAUUGCGCGUUUGGUGUAACUGUGGAUUCACUUAAAGAACCAGAAAAUGAAUUUUAUAUGAGAGGAAAGGCUGCUACUACUUUUAAAGGUUUCUGGUCGAUGGCAAAACUUACUCUCAACUUUAUUUCACCUGCGUUUACCGAUUUUCUUGGAAUACAUUUAUUCGAUAAAGACGCCACAAAUUACUUCCAAAACUUAGUUCGAGAGACUGUGAAUUAUCGUGUGGAGAAGAAAAUUCAUCGGCCAGACAUGAUUAAUCUCUUGAUUGAAGCGCGCAAGGGUAAUUUGAAAUAUGAAGAGGUACACGAACAAAAAGAAGCAGGGUUCUCAUCAGUUGAAGAAUCUAGUAUUGGUAGAGGCACUACAACUAAUGUGGGUAUGAGUGAUGAAGACAUGGCCGCACAAGUCUUCAUCUUUUUCUUUGCUGGUUUUGAUACUAUUUCCACGAUGAUGUCAUUCAUGUGCUAUGAAUUAGCUCUCAAUCCUGAUGUUCAAAAGAAGUUAAUCGAAGAAAUUGACGAAACAUUUAAAGAAAACAACGGAAAAUUAACUUAUGACGUCCUGAAUAAAAUGAAAUACAUGGAUAUGGUUAUAACAGAAAACAUGAGGAAGAAUCCGCCUUUUAUUUCGGCAGAUAGAGUGUGCACCAAAGCAUACACCAUUCAACCGGAAAAACCUGGUGAGAAACCCGUGCAUCUUGAAGUGGGUGAUAUGCUUCUACUUCCAAUGUCGGGUAUUCAUCACGACGAGGAAUAUUUCCCUAAUCCGAGCAGGUUUGAUCCCGAAAGAUUUUCAGAGGAAAAUAUGGACCAGAUUGUGCCUUAUUCCUAUCUUCCCUUUGGAGUGGGACCUAGAAAUUGCAUUGCAUCUAGAUUUGCGUUAAUGGAAUGUAAAACAUUGAUGUUCCACAUUUUGACUAACUUUGAAAUUACUGUUAUUAAAAAGACAACCAUUCCGAUGAAAUUAGCUAAGUAUCAGUUCUUCCCAGCAAUCGAAGGUGGUUUUUGGCUUGGUUUCCAACGUCGUCAACAUUAAAGUUAAUUUCAUGUUUAAAUUCGGUCAAUAUAAUAUGCAACGCAUGAUAAAACUCUGCGUCAAGGUCUAAACAGCAAACUAGCGAUAAUCAAGAAGACGAAGCAAAACAUAAACACAAUGAAAACCAGUUUGAUUCUUAUCAAGAAAACGCUACGCAGAGCAUCGACGAACAAUCACUUUGCAGUACUAAAACAACUAGCAUAAGCAUAAGACAGACAUUAUAUUAAUCUUGUAUCGUGAAUAAAUCUAUAUUCAUUGUUUAAUUUAACUAAAUACAUACAUACUUUUAUCUAA